AUAAGAUAAGAUGGGAGGAAGUUCAGUCAGUGAUGAUUGGGAGUUUAUUGCAAAUGAAGCUCAGACACUACUUAUGAUUGGGUGCAUAGGUGAAGGAAAAAGUGCCACAGGCAAUAGCAUUCUUGGUAGAAAUGCAUUCCAGUUGAGGUCUAGCUUUGGUGCUGUUACAAGAACUUGUGAGAUUCAGAGGACUCGAUUAGAAGAUGGACAGAUUCUUGAUGUCAUCGAUACCCCUGGAUUUGAUUUUACAGCUGAAUCUGGAUUAGUUGGAAAUGAAAUUGGUAAGUGCAUUGAUUUGGCCGAUGAUGGUGUCCACGCUGUUCUUUUUGUUUUGUCUGUACGAACUAGCUUUUCAAAAGAAGAACAGGCUGCUAUCCAGUACUUUAAGAAGCUCUUUGGGACCAAAAUUUGUGAUUACAUGAUUGUGGUCUACACUGGAGGGGAUAAGCUCGAAGAUAAUGACUCUUUGAAUGAUCCCUUAGAUCAUUCCUGCCCCGAGGAUUUAAAGGAAGUUCUUAAGAUGUGUGGGAAUAGACAAGUGUUUUUCGACAAUAAAACUGAAGAUCCAGCGAAGAAAGCUGAACAAUUGAGGGAACUACUUUUCCAUGUGAAUAUGGUUGUACAAAUGACUGGUCGAAAACCAUAUACGAGUGAAUUAUUUGAGGAAGUAAAGAAGAUGAAGCUUCGUAAUGACUCAGUGGAGGUUAAUUCUUUGCUCGGAGAUUUAAAGCAAGGGGUAACUGAGUUGAAGGAACAACUGCAGAGGUUCUCUUUCGUGGAGCAACAAAGGCGAAUAACUAAAAUGGCUGAAUCUAAGAUGAACAAGACCAUGCAUAGUCUUGAAAAGCAAUUGGAGGAGGAGCAUACUGCUCGGUUAGAGGCAGAAAGCAAAAUUCGUGAAUUGAAAGAUAGCUUAGAGAAAGCUCAAAGAGAGACUGAGGAGCUCACAGACUGUGGUACUGAGGGAAGUUUUCAUUGGCAUGUGACAUUUGCUGGUAUAGUCAAGUUUUUUAGAGUUCUUUUGCUAGCUAGAGGGAAAGCUUUUGAAUAA